AUGCCCUGCCUAGACUCCCUACCCGCCGAGCUCCUGCUCCAAAUCUGCUCAUACAUCGACCACACCCACCGACCCAGCCUCUCGUCUCUCUCAAUCGUAAACAAAACCCUCCUGAAACCCUGCACAGCCCAACUCUUCCGGACCAUCCACAUCCACGUUUCCAGUCCAAAAGCCUGCCAAAAAUCGAUCCAGCAAUGGAAUCGACUCCUCGCCCGACGCAACUGCCGGAACGAUGUGCGGUUCGUGGAGAUCCACGGCUUCCUCGCGAACGAAGAGGAUCAAGCGAGUUUUCAAGAUUGCCAGUACUGUCAAGGUCUCUUCGACGACGAGUGCGGCGUAGAAUCUCACGUCCACGAUCAUAGUGGUGGCUUCAGCGUGGAAGCUGAGAACGAAGCCUUCACGCCCAUUGCCGCGUAUUUAAAAGAGCUACCGAGCGCGACAGACCUCAUCUGGCGAUGCCAUAACUUUGUGCCUCAGUGUAUCCUCGACGCGACCAACGCGACCAAGCCACCUCUCAGACUGCAUGUUCACGAUUUCAAGCUCCUCCACCUUGACAGCAAUGAGAUCGGCCGGCGUGAGUUGGCCAUCCUCCAGUCGCCGAGCUUACACAGUAUGACUGUUCGCUAUCUCGGUUCGGAGAUCAACGGCGUGUAUUCAACCGUCAAGCCCAGACGAGCCAUUUCGAAGUUGCUCGUUGGUUUCUCGCCUAAUUUGAAGCAGCUGCGGCUCAUGAGCUGCCAGGACAAGAUAUUGCCCUACCGAAAAGAAGACCGCCGGGAUCUAGACCAGUUAUGCUCAGAAGCAGGCACGACGAGGCUUGCUCGGCUGGAGCGCUUCGAUUUGCGGCCCAGCACUGUCGUUGAUAGUGACGACAUUCGAACUUGGCAUGAGCUCCUAGAUCCUGCCUGGCUGCGUUGCCUUCACCUCGGCGCUGCGCUUUCCACGCCCACAAUACGUUGGGCUUCCAGGAACGCUCACUUCGAAAAUCUCCAGAAGUUGAUCUUCUCGUUCGAUAACCCGGAUUACCCACAGGAGGAGAGAUCCGCCAGAGCUGACGACACUCAAACGUGGCUUCUGAGUCUUCCCCGACUGAGAGUGCUUGGUCUCAGCGGUCCACUCUAUCGCGAGUACGCCCAGGCAAUAAGAUCUGCGCUGGGGUGGCAUGGUCAAACGCUGGAGAAAUUUGUGCUCGGCCCUCCGCUGUACGGGAAGAAUAACCACAGUGACGCUCGAGAGACCAUCGAUGCUGGAAUGGAGAUGCUCGUCGAUCUGUCACGCACAUGUCCUGUCCUCCAGGAGCUAUCGAUACCUUUACGACGGAGCCGGUCCAAUCGAACGGAGAUCGAGUUGUAUCAGUACUUGGCCGAAUUUCCAAACCUGACCAAGAUAUCGCUGCAGUUCGACUGUUGCUGCUGGGGUUUGAUGGUCGUAGAUGGAGAAUCAGACCUUUCGCCUGAGGAUCGCGAGCCGUGGUUUACGCACACGCCCAUAGACUCGGAAAAUGUCACGACCGGAAGAGUGCGCAGGGCGAUGAUCAAAGCUGCGCUUGAUGAGAGCCUCGUGAGGUCUGGUACAGACGGCGACAAGAACCAAGAUAUCGACAACGAUAUCUGGACCUGCUUGCCAUAUUUCGAGAGUUCGAACGAACACGGGCCGGAGAUGAAGCUGUUUAGAGAAAUCUGGCCAGAGACUGCGCCGGGUAGUGAUUGGCGAGAUGACUGGCACAGUUUCCCUCUUGAUGCAGCUGCAUAA